GCCAAGCGCACCGAGGUGGCCCGGGGCCGCCUGGAGAAAAGGAACUCGGACCUGAUGGGCAAGGUCGACUCCCACAAGAAGCAGCUGGAGCAGAAGGAGGCCGACUACAGCCACCUGAGCAGCCAGCUGCAGGCCAGGGACGGCCAGGUGAAGAAGUGCGAGGACAGCAAGAUGAAGCUGCAGACCAACAUAUCCUAUCAAAUGGCAGACAUACAUCGGUUAAAGGAACAACUAGCAGAAUUACGUCAGGAAUUCAUUCGCCAAGAAGAUCAGCUUCACGAGUACAAGAAGAACAACACUUACCUUGCGAGGAGAUUGGAAUACGAUAGUCUGCAGUGUGGGCAGCAGAUGAAGGAAAUGCGACUGCAGCACGAAGAAAACAUCAAGAAAUUAAUGGACCAAAUUUUGCGGGAACAAAAGGCCACACAAAAAAUUCAGUCCAGUAGAGACACUGAAGUAAGUCCCAGUAAUGAUGACCAGGCAAUACCUAAGACUGUUCCGGAGGCAGAAGAUAAAAACGUGGUGAAGAACGAGCAGCCUUCAGAUCAUGUUGUAAACAGCAAAGAGAAAGUGAAACCAGGAGGAGAUGCAGGCAUGCCUGAAAUAGAAGAUAAUGACCCUGCUAAAGCUGAAGAUACUCCCACUGCUCUGAAGAAGCCACAUGUUUCAGCUCCUAAAAGUGAAGGUCAUCAACCUGUUGUAAACCUUCCAACUGAACAGCCCCACGCUCCCAAUCUGGCGCCAGGUUUACACAGUGACAAUGAUGGAAAUGCUGACAUUGCAAAGCAGAUACCUUCAAAUGCUCUCCAGCACUUAAAUUUUGAAGAAAACAUGGAAAAUCAGAAAGAACGCAAAAUUGAGAUGGACCAUAUAAAGAUUCCAAAGAGCAAAGUUAGCGACUUGCAGAAGAUGAAGCAAAGCCGAUUCUUUGAUGAGAAUGAGUCCCCUGUUGACCCGCAGCAGGGUUCUAAACUGGCAGAUUAUAAUGGGGAUGAUGGGAACGUGGGUGAGUAUGAGGCAGACAAACAGGCCGAGCUGGCUUACAAUGAGGAAGAGGAUGGUGAUGGUGGAGAAGAAGACGUCCAAGAUGAUGAAGAAAGAGAUCUACAAAACGACCUCGUCGAUUACGGCAAGCCCCGCUUCAGCGACGGCGUGCUCUAG